GCUCUUGCCUAUUUGUACAAUUUGGUUUAUGUUUGAAAAAAAAAAAAAAUUCGGCCAGCUUGUGGAACAGUUGGAGAGACAAUACAAGUGCCAACACAUACCAUCCUACUGUCCUGAGAAGUGAUCAGACUUGGAAUGUUAUACCAGGAGUGAUAAUUCUGUAGCUGCUCUCUAUAGGCACAGGAAGACUUCUCCAGUGAUUUCAGGCUAGCAGGUAACAGCAAAUAACUAAGGAGGAGACAAUCAAUACAUAGUCAAGCUUGGGUUUCCAAAUUUUGUUUUUGUUACAUGCCAAACAAGUCCAGAAUGUCUGUUCUGCAGCAAGGUGCUGUUCAGGAACCCUUUUUUUUUCCUCCUGCUGAAGCACAGAUUUCCUAAUUCUGUUUAUUUCUUGAGUAAUUCUGAUAUGGAAGCAAUGUCCUGCAACAUUAUUGUAACUAAGCUGGGAUGACUAAGAAGUACUAUUGGAAAAUCAGCUAAAUAGCAAAUUUCUGUUUUGUCAAAGCUGCAUUUUUUUAUGGUUGACGCAGGUUUUAAGAAAGCUGUUCUGCAGCAUCUCUUCAGAUAAGACCAACAAUCACAGAAUGGUUUGGCAGUCACCCAAGAUGGAGCACACUCAAAGAAAAGACAGAAGCAUAUUUGGAGUGUUGGUCCUUGCUGAUAUGCAUGAAACAGAUGCCUGUUUCACACUCUACCCUUUGACUGCCAGCUAUGAUGUCAGAUAGAGUUGUUACCUGAUUAAGCAAUUGCUCUUCGCUUCCUGUUUGACACUUUCAAGUGCUUCCACACCCAGGGGACAGCCUCUGAAAAACUGCUUGCAAGUAUCAUCUCCACCUAAGAGAUUUUUCAUUUUAAAGCUUAGGAAAAAACACUGGAGAAUUAUGAAAAUCACAUUUUUCUUUGCUGCAUUGUUCUCACUGGAUUUCUUCACUUUCAUUCAUGCUAAUCUGCAAUAUCCCUUGCCUGACAUAGAAGAUGCAAAGUUCAUUGAAGAUUGUGUGAGAACUCACAACACAUUUCGAUCCAAAGUGAAUCCACCAGCCAGCAAUAUGUUUCGCAUGUCCUGGGAUGCUGCUUUAGCUAAGAGUGCCAAAGCAUGGGCAAAGAAGUGCAAGUUCAACCAUAAUACACACCUUGACAUGCCAGGAAAAAUGCAUCCCACCUUCCCAUUUGUUGGAGAAAACAUCUGGACUGGUACAGCCCGCAUCUUCUCUGUGGAUGCAGCUCUCAGGUCCUGGUUUAAUGAAGUCAGCAGCUACGAUUUCAGCACAAAUACAUGUACUGACAAGUGUGGUCACUACACUCAGGUUAUCUGGGCAGAGAGCUACAAAGUUGGCUGCGCAGUUCACUUCUGCAAUACAGUUGAAAAUUUUCCAGGACUGUUCAAAGCAGCGCAUUUUGUUUGUAACUAUGGGCCAGCGGGGAAUUACCCAAGAAAGCCAUAUAAAGAAGGACAGCCAUGCAGUAGAUGCAGUAAUGACAAGUGUGUAGACAAGCUCUGUGAAAAUACGAAACGUGAGAAGCUGAUAAGUUAUGCCAACUGGUAUCCGGACUGGGAUACACAGCCCCAGCCACCGCGGCCCCGGCCCCCCAGGCCUCCUGUGCCAUCAGAUGUCCCACCUGCUGAGCAUCCACAGCCUUCUUGUGACCAAUACUGCCUUAGUGUUUUAAUUUUAAGGCCACUGUUUCUCGUAUUGAGUGCUGCUGCUGUACUUCUAGUGCAACAGAAAUUUCCACACACUUUUUUUUAUAAGUAAUGAUCAAUUAAGAUACUGAUUGUGAUCCUACUGCUGUAUUACUCUCACACAAUUGGCACACAUUUAAAGAAACAUUUGUUCAUCUCUCAUUAUCCAGCAUAGGAAAGGCUUCUUCUUCACUCAAGGCAAGAUAUAAGUGGCUGUGCAUAGAGGUAGUAUAAUUUAUUAGAAGUAGCUGAAACAUGCUCCUAUGUUUGUACGAGCCUCUUAGCUCUAGGGGUAGGUUGCUAGAGGGACCACAGAUACUAGAUAUUAUUCCAUGUGCUAACAAUCCUUCUGGAAGCCUGGGGCAUCACAAAGACAUGUCUGAAGUGGCACACUGUAUCCAAAAGAAGCAAUAAUUCAUCUUCAUUAACCUUCAGUUAUCCUGGACACAAUUUUCCCCAGAUAAUGGAGAUUUAACUGUAUAUAUUACUUUUUGUGAACAGGAAUAAAACUUGCCCUUUGUUAUAUUUA